AUGUCGGCGGUGCACAUCAUCUUCCGCGUCAUCUACGACUCCUUCUACGUCUUUCUCUCCCUGAUCGUCCUGCUCCUGCUCCUCGUCACGCCCGCCGAUAAUUUGCGCCUCGCCUUGCAAAAUCACCAGAACCUCCACGUCCUGACAACUGUCGUCUGCCUUUCCGCUACUCUACUUUUCGUCGUGCUACUCUACUUUGCCCGCCUGUAUGUCAACCGCAGUGCCCUCGCCAACAUACCCAAGCCAUGGAUCCCCAUUGGCCGGGGCGAGGUCAAGAAGAGCGUGCGCAAGAUGAUCGUCGCUAGUCUGAGCAGGAGCGCCGCCAUUGCCUACGAGUCGAAGCCAAGGGUUGCCGCCGCGAGACCGCCCACUGCGAUGACCGACCCCGAGGAAGGAGAGGAGGAUGAGACCGAGGCUGAAGGCAAGGCCAGGAAAUCUACCCUAAGGGUGUUCAAACUCAAAAAGGCGCCGACCGUGGAGGACAAGAUGGGCAUUACCCUGCCCCCGCACCGAGCCGUAUGGGGCGAGAUCGAGCACUACGGAUGGUCCUCGCCCAACUCGCUGGACCUGCCCGACCUACAGUACAGCACGGUCAUAUCGGAGCUGCCGAACCUGAUCGAGGCCAAGGCCCUGACACUGGCGCCCCCAAUCCCCGAAUCGAGCCACGCCGAACCGCCUGUCCUAGACCCGGAGGCGAUCGGCCUCCUUCAGCGGCCCGACAACCUGGCCCUGCGGCAGUACCUCACGCAGCUGGCCGAGCUGGGCGUGCUGACGCCCUCGCGCACGACGGCGGAUUUCCUGUCCGCGUACGAGUACGCGCGCUAUUCGACGCGGCCCAUCUCGAACGCCCGCUUCCGCGAGCUGAUGCACCUCUUCGCGGAGCUGCUGCGCACCAUGCAGCCGCUCGACCCGGCCGUUCUCAUCGCGCUAGGAGACGACUUCUCGGAGGGCGAGGAAGAGAGCGACAUCGACGACGACGCGCCCCGGCGCAGUCCCCCGAGCACCCCGCGCAGCCGCGCCAGCCGAAACUCCAUCCUCCGCCGGCAGCGCAGCACCGCGUCGCGCGCGACCACGACGACGACCAGCAGCGGCAAGUCCGGCAGCAGCGGCGGCUCUUAUAUCCGCAGGAGGCCCCAUCAGCAGCAGCAACAGCCAACGACGAGGCCGCAGAUGGCAGCGCGCGUAUCCUCGCAGGGCACGACUUGGGGUGGCGCGACGACAUACCGCACCGCGCCGACGACGCCCAAGACGCAGAAGACGGCCGCGUCGCCGUCAGCGUCGUCGUCUUCAAGCAGCGCCAACAGCUUCGCGCAGACUAGGCGGCCGUACCACAUCGGCGACGGCAUCGGGGGCUUCGGCUCGGCCUCGACGUCGAGCAUCGCGUCCGCCGCGUCGCGUGUGGCGCGGUCGCGCUCCGGGCGGUCGUCUGUCGCCAGCGGGAGCGCGGGGUCUGUUGUCAUCCGGCUGGCUGGGCGGGCGGAUGGGGAUGGUGGGUUGCCGUAUGUGCUCUCGCUUGGGGGCGAUUUGGAAACGUGA